UUGAUUAUAUAGACGCAAACAGAAAUAACCGGGUGUCUACUAAAUUCUCAAAUGAAAACUCUACAAGAAAGAAGGAAGGCUCAGUUGGCAAGAAAUUAUUCAAAGAACUGUCUAAGCACUUAUCAACCAGAAUAGAAUACAAGCCUUCUCUUUACCUUGGGUCUAGCCAAAAUAUGGUAAAUAUUAAAAUAUCCCGAAUUGCUGAAAGUGUCCAAGUGGGACCUUACCAAUGGGGCAAGAACAAAAUCUCACUUAAUCAUAGCUUAAUAUAAAAAGCAUUCUUUCCUUCUACAAAAAGCAUGAUUCAUUAUUAUGAGAGAAAAUAAUAAGAACAGAAGUCGACUUUAUUGAUAGAGAGAAAAUAGCAGUUUAUCUAAAAUGUCCUGAAGACCAGAAUGAUCCUCAUAUGCAGGAUUCAGAAAUUGAGAUGCAAUUUGGCAUCCAAUCUAUGUCCGCCAAGAGUAUUAUCGAGCUUUCUAACCGCAGAAGAUCUACCCAGACUAAGGAAGAAUUGAUGAGUAUCUAUAAUAAAACACUAGAGAAGAACCAAUCUGAGGGAUAUAAUCAGCAAGAUAAUCUCCUCGAUUUCUCUGAUGCUGAAAUACUAGAUCAAUUAGAAGCCUCACCUAGGAAGAUAAAGCAUAUUCUUGAUAUUAUUGAUUUGGUAUACUUGACUAGUGCACAUCCAAAUGUGGCUUUUGACAUUACUCAGAUUUCUAAAUUGAAAAUUUGAAAUUAUCCUUUAUCGAAUAUCCUAGUAAACAAUCCAAAACAUCCUGAGGCAAAAUUGAAGUCUAUGAAUUCAGGCUAUCUCACUCUUGAUGAAGUCUCCAGGUUGGUUCCUGUACCCACAAACUUAGACCAGAUCUUAGACAAGCCAUGAGUAGGAGUUUGGAUUUAUGGUCUUGACAUCCCGAAUUACCAAUGAUCUUCAGACGAGAGCGAUAUGGUCAGAGAAAGCGAGCUUAGCAUUAAAAACAACAAGGAAGAGUAUAAGCUUUCACUUAUCAAAAGCCCCUUUCUAUGGAGUGCUCUUGUAAAAUUCUUAAUCGACAAGAAAAUAAAAGGCAGAUUCUCAAUUUCUGAUAAGAAAGACAAGUUUUUACUUGUACACUUCCUGAACCAAAGUAGUUCUCCCCAAUUUUACGAAUUCUCCCUUAGCAGUGUGUUUCAAAACAUUAGAGACUCUAUUGGGACAGAAAGGCAUGGAAUAAAGACUAAAAGGACUUUAGAAGGUUACUGCACUGUUUUAGGACUAAACAAUAAAAAUCCUUUCAGCAGUGAGACAGUAAAAGUUGAUAAAAUUACUAGAAUUUCACAAAAUAAGAAUCAAAAGAUACUUAAUGCCUACUGCUCUAAAAGUGUCAAGAAUUGUAUUAAGGAUAUUUUCAAGAGGAAAAACAAUAGAAGCAGUAGUCGUAAAUCCAUUACUAGCUCAAGAAUGAGUAUGGAGCAUAAGGGAAGUUUAGGAAGAUUAAGGAAUACUAUUGACCAUUCUAACCAGGGUAUUUCAGCUGGAAUUAGACAAUCCAAUGAUAGAAACGCCCACCAUCCUGAGAACAUAAGGCUCAAGUUAAUUUCAGAAAACAUGGAGAAUAUCCACACAAACAUCUCAUCUCAGAGAGGAAGAAAUAGUUCUCUAGGAUCAUACGUACCAAUGACUACCAAUGGAGUGAUGACUAUGACCAAAUCUAAUACUUUAACUAAGCUGUUUCCUAAUGCUUCCAAUGAAUUUAAAAAGAGGAGUCUUUUGCAAGCGCACAAGAUGCCUCAUGUAAGAGGAAGUUAUAAUCCUCCAAAGGAUCAGAGAGAUAAUUCUUCAAGAGCAGGCAACCUCAAGCAAGGAGAAAGCAGACUAGAGACACUCAAUAUCUCUUGUUCAAGUGGGAAGAAUGUCGAUAGCUCUGAUAUGGUACUUAAAGGAGAUGUUACUCCUUCGAUGAGUAAAAAUUUCUCUCAUGUUGAAGCUAGCCAUCAGACAUUGAGAUUCGAUGGGUUACUUAAAAAGCAAACUAGUGAUAAUUCUGCAAAUAACAUGAGAUACGGAAUGAAUGAAACACAAUCAGAUUUCUUAGAAAUAAUGAGUCCAAAGCAUUCUCCUGACGUCAACAGAUACUCGAAUAAAGUCAAUAACUAUCCAGAUAUGCAUUCCAAGAUGCAGGCAGAUAAAAUACAAGAACUUCAGAGAGAAGUAGCAGCUCUCAAAGAAAAGCUUAGUUAUUAUGAGAAGAACUAUAAAUACCAAAAGCCAACAUCAGAUGCUUGAAUAGGCACAGAGGAGCUUGAACUUUCUCCAAAAAUGAACUCAGACAAGAUUCAAUUCAGUCCAAAAUUUGAAGAAAAUAAAAGCCUCAAGAAUACAGGAGAGUUUUGAUUUGGAAAACUAAAGAAUCCUGACAAGCCCAGCUUAAAUGAAUCCACAGAAAAUGAAGAAGAUUCUUAUGACAUACCAGUGAAAUAUCCUUCAUCUCAGAAGAGCAAGUGCCAGAUCCAAUCUAACGAACAAGAGCAGCAGAGCAGCAAAUUUUAUAAUGAGACAGAUUUGGAUGAAAAAUCUCCUAAUGUUGACUUUAAUCUUAGUAAUAGUAACAUUGGUUCAACUCCUUUAAAGAAUGCUCUCGGAAAAUCACCUUUGCUUGAUAAAGAUGAGACAGAUUCCUUGUUCAAAUCUAAACUGAAGGGAAGUCCUUUGGACUCAGAAGAAAAUGAUACCUCCAUGUACAACUACAGAAUGAUAAAUCCCAUGGACAAGAGUGGAUUCACUCCAGAUUCUAUUGGAAAGAGUGCAAAGAGAUAUUCAGAGAAAUCUGGACAAGAAUGGACAAUAGAGAUCCCAAAAAUGGAGAACUUCGAUGAUUGCUAA